UUAUCGGGGCGUUUUCCUGGUCCAUCAUGCUCAUCGACCACAAGAUACUCUUGGCGGCAUCAAACAGGCAGCAUGUUGGCCAGCACUUCUAGAAGAAGGCUGAAUAUUCAGAAUGCUGAACUAUUGACAGCAGGCACGGCAUCAAACGACCAGGCUGAAUAUUCACAACAGCUGGCUCUUUCUCCGACUGGUCGUUUGAUCUCCUCGCGAGUUUUGCGGAGGGUUUGUUUGUACAGGGUUCCGACUACGGACCCCCAACAGGCAACAGCUAGCCAGUAGAUUGAGAUCCACGCCAUUGUUGUUUGCACGCCGUCCGACUAUGAUCACUAGUACGUGAUUUCCAUCCAACUACGUAUUUAUAAACAGUGGCCGCAAGCGCCUUGCGCCACGCACAUUCACCUGCGAUCUCCAUCUCCCCUCCCCUGUCCUCUCCGCCUCUCUCGCCACCAGAACUCGAGAGCGCGAGAAACCAGCUCCAUCGACAUGGCCGCGGCCGACGACGCGUCGUCCGUCGCGCUCCUGCGCGGCCUGCGCUCCGGCGCCGUCGACUCCACCUUUGUCCACCGCGUCGACGUCUGCUCCGCCGCCCCGGCGGACCUCGUCGCGAACCUGGAGCCGGUGCCGGGAACCAACCUCGCCGGAGACGACGGGUACAGCAGCGUAUGGUACUUCUACUGCCUCAAGCGUUACAAGAACGCCCAAGGCAAACCGAGCGGACACAGGCAGCGCGCCAUCGCCGGCGGCGACGCGUGCUGGCACUCGGAGACGCGCCCGAAGCCCGUCAAGGGUCUGGCCGGCGCCACGCUCUGCAACCUGUCCUACGGCCGCAAGGAGGGCUCGAGCAGAUCGUUCAACCGUUUGGGAUGGUGCAUGACUGAAUACGAUGAAGAAGGCGGCGAUGGCCACGUCCUGUGCAAGGUUUAUCGCUCGUCGUCCUCCCUUGCCAAGGGGAAGCUGAAGACGUCGUCAACAUCCACCAACCCCACCUCGUCCGAGCAGGCCUCUUCUGCCUCCAAGAGAAAGGCGACGGCCGACCACCCUCAGGCGCGGCCGAGCAAGAUCAGCCACGCGCAGGCCUGCGCCACCACCAGUAGCUACGCCUGCGUCGACCAGGACUUCUAUCAGCAUGUGGAUCAUCAACUGCAGGAGCCCUUGCUUACUGACGACCAGAUCACGAUGCCAGUGGGCAUAGAUUACGAGUCCCUGUUCCUAGCUGAGGAGGAGCAGGAGCAGGUUCAGCAGCAGAACACCAUGGUUACAGCCGAGGUGGAUCAGUUUCAGCAGAACACACUGGUGACCACAGCCGAGGAGCAGCAGCUUCAGCUGAACACCAUGGACGGCUUGUUGGGCGACCAGGGGUACCACGAUUACGGUAGCUGCUCCGCGAACACCCGGUUCACCAUGGACCAGUCUCUGGAGAACAUUCAGUUCACCAUGGAGGAGUUGAUGGGCGGCCCGGACCACGGCGAGUACGGUGGCUGCUCCCCAAACACCCAGUUCACCAUGGACGAGAUGUUCAGCAGAUGCUGCGGCCCGCCGACAGCAGUGGCACCAAUGGAUGCUGGCUUCUUUGACGGCCUCGCCUUCUGAUUCUGAUGUGUAGUGUAGCACUAGCUAUAACUAGCUGCUGCCUGAGUGCUUUGCUUGCUGCAAGCAAGUUGCGGCCGUUGCUGUUGUAAGA